CCCUACCUCAUAGGAACACCACAUAGACAUUUGCUCUGCUUUACAAUUUGUGGGUAACAUUAGUUCCAUAAAUCCAAACAGUUGCUAAAAGUAGUAAAGAUCUAGAACCUUCUUAUGAAUAAAUCUCCCUACCAGGCUCGUGUUAUUUUUGUGGUUAGCAACCUGCACAUUCUACCUUUUUGAUGAAACAUAUGAUUAUUAUUAAAUUCAUUUCUUGCACCCACCAAAACCUAACCAAAAAAUCAACCUCUUUCUUAGUAGGCUAAAACAAAGUGAGUAAUAUAUACUAUUAUAUUCACCAAAUAACAUUUUCCCUUAUUGUUCAAGAAAAUGGAAGUUGUGUCCAACAACAAUGGAGGCUCCUGCUACUAUGAUGUUCUUGGAAUUUGUAAACAAGCCUCAGAUUCUGAAAUUCGUUGCGCUUACAGAAAGCUUGCUUUGAAAUGGCACCCGGAUAGAUGGAUGAAGAAGGAUCCUUACAUUAGGGGAGAUGCUAAGCAUAGAUUUCAGCAAGUUCAAGAAGCUUAUUCUGUUCUCUCGGACAAGAGGAAGAGAUCACUAUAUGACACUGGGUUCCUUCACCUCAUGGGAGAUGAUACUGAUGAUAAAGAAUUCUGUGAGUUUAUGCAAGAAAUGAUAACAAUGAUGGAAGCUGAGAAAUCUAAGGGAGCAAACACCUUGGAGGAACUUCAAAAGCUAUUCCUAGACAUGACGGGUGAACUUGAUAAAAUUUCAGAUAUUAGUUUCUGCGUUGAUGAAUCCCUUCAUGGACACAUGCCAAAAAAAAGACGUGAUUUGUAGUGUAAAGAAAAUUCAUCUAUGAACCUAGAAUUGUACUUCUAUUUUGUUUAUUCCAUUUUCCACCCGAUUCCAAUA